GACAAAGAAACCAAGGGCCCACGAUUAUGUUAACACGACAGAACAACGCGGCACUUUCCGUACCAGUCCCUACGUUUCGUUUGGCAAUAAAUUCCUGUACAGUACACUAUUAACUAUUACUAGCAGUUGUGGCUACACUAGAGUACCAAGGAGAAUGAUGACACUUAUGCUAUUACAACAAUAUUGUAUAGACUCUAAGCACACGAGAAUAAAUAUUAAAAUAAACUACGUCAAUGUUAAAAAUUGUAAUGCACGCUAGUACCAAGUAGUAGUGAAGGAAGACGCGCCCGUGCGCACCCAAUGGCGGACACCGACCCUUAUUAUAUUUCUUAUUUCAACUCAAAAUGGCGGCCCUUAAAUUUUUCGCACGAUCUAUUAUUACUUUUAACAACAAUUUACACUGUUACAGUUUAAUUAAACAAUUGUUCCCACUGACAGCUAAUCAGAUAUCAAAACGAUGGGCGAGUUUCAAAUCCUCACCACAAUACAAUGAAAAUAUUAAUUACACAGACUUCGAAGUAACUAAAGAUCCAGAAGAAUGGAAAUGGGUUGAACAUUAUUUACCAAGUACACGUGUACCAGACCCACCGAAAAAUAUCACCAAGCCAUUGGCAUCUGGAUGGAAACCAGCUAAAGAAGAAGCAAAACAGCUUCCUUAUUUCAUAGCACGGACGAGGAAUCACAUGCAGCCGGUCUACUUGAUGCGCAAACAGCGAGGUAUGAGAAGAGUAACAGUAUUACGUCGCAUCAGCGGAGAUAUAAUGGCAUUGGAAGCAGAUUUAAAAAAAUACCUCGAGGAAGUUAUGGGCAAAGAGAUGGGCACGCAAAUAAUAGAACCAUCUGGUAUAAUUAAAUUUCGAGGAGAUUGUGCAUCACGUAUUAAAGAUUGGAUGGAGCUAAAAGGAUUUUAAGUAUUUUUUUUAAACAAAAUAGCUUAAUAAAUAAAUUAAUAUGUCAAAAAUUUUGUUACCGUUUGUGAUAAAAUAAAAAAAUGAAUAAUAUACAUU